AUGGUCUGCAUUCAUGAACAGCAUCUGCAUCCUCUCUCGUUCUCUGUCCUGACUGUACAGCAGUGUAUCAGGCAGUGCAGAUCAGCGCAAGAAUCCUCCAAUUACGGGAGAGCUUCUUCAUCUGAACAGCAGAACAGUGAAGAAGAGAGCCUGAGUUUGCUCUUAUCGGCUCUGUCUCCUGAUUCAACCGAGCUCAGAGACGCUACUGGAGAAGCCCCUCACAACGACGAGAGGAGGUCUUACUCCAUGGAGCACUUCCGCUGGGGCAAACCCAUGGGCCGCAAACGCCGACCCGUCAAAGUCUUGACCAGCGGCGCCCUGGAGGAGGAGGAGCCCGAGGAGUCGGCGGAAAGCGUCCGCGUGGAACGAGGGCAGAACGGCACGCUGGACGUUCAGCAGAGGAACAACGCAAAGAGCAACGGGAAGUAUCGCAUGACCCAUUUCCGCUGGAACACCCCACCUGACAAGCGCUACGGAGGCUUCUUGAGGCCGUAUUCGGAUCAAUCCCAUAAGCCCCUGCUCAUACGAAACGUCAUUGUUAAAGACGCACAGCAGUUCAGAGAUUAA